GUCACAGCAGUUGAGUUUCGAUGAGCUUUUUUUAGAACUAAUAGGUCUUUUUGAGGAACAUCAACUUCCUUGAGGGAACUUUGAGCCUUCAGGAAUCAAACAUGACUAGGUUUGAAAAUUCCUUCUGGGAACAGAAAGGGUACGAAGAAUUACGGAAGGUUUGCCGGCAAGGAAAUGACUUUUCCCGCGAAGUUUCUUCAAUUUUCAACGAGAGGGCAAAAAUUGAACAGACAUAUGCUGAAAGCUUAACCAAGUUGGCAGCCAAGGCACAGAAAACAUCAAAGGAUGCAUUGGGGACUCUCAAAUCUUCAUGGGAAAGUGCCCUCUUGGAAAUGGAAAAUGAAGCAGAAAUACACAAAACAUUAGGAAAUCAGCUACAUGACGAGGUUUCAAAACAGGUCAAAGCAUUUGUGGAAACACAGUCAAAAGCAAGGAAAACGGUGGAGUCCCUGGUAGAUAAAGCUUACAAGAAUUUUAGUGAUAAACUAAAUGAUGCAUUGAAGGCAAAACGUGCUGCCCAUACCAAGACAAGGGAAGCUGAAAAUAUGUUCGAGCAGGUUGAAGAAGCUCGAAAUGGAAAAAGUGGUAAAGUGAUGUCAGAAAAAGAGAUUUCUAAGAUGGAUGUGAAAUGUAGAAAAAUGAUGGACACUUCUUUGAAAUCAGAUAGGGAAUAUCGUGAUCUGUAUGAAAAGACAGAGAAAGCACGACUGGAAUGGGAGGCUGCCAUGCUGAAGUUUUGCCAGACUUGUGAAAGAUUAGAAGAGGAAAGAAUAACACAUUUAAGAGAGAUGUUCUCAUUAUAUAGUAACAUGUUGGCUGCUGCGAUACCUCAACUGCAGCAAAAUUAUGAGACUGUCAGCUCAGAGGUGUGGAAAAUCAAUUCUUCUGAAGAUGUUAUCACAACAGCUCAAACAAGAGGAGAACCACGAGGUCCUUCUCAGCAGAUCCUGUAUGACUGUUAUGAGGAGGACUUGGAGAACACCAUGAAUUAUGACAGGAGAAGAGCAGGGUUAGAGACAAAGAUUCAUCUUUUGUCAGAAUCACUGGAGAAACAAAAGAAGACAAGAGAUGGGAUAACUUCUCUCUUUGAGGCAUACUCUGCAACUCCUGAUUACUGUAAUGAAGAAGGCCAACAAGAUGUUGCCACACAACUGAUACAUGCAAAUGCUAUAAUAAAUAGUUUAACAGCAAGUGUCAGUAAAGUUCAAUGUGCCCUGGCACAGUUGAAUGGUCACCCUGCACCAGAUGUUUGGUUAAUGCCAUACAUAUCAAGCACCAAGGAUAAACAGGGCUUACUACAGAGUUCUCUCUAUAUUCCACUUGAUCAAGUAACAAGAAUGGAGUCUGUCACACAGGAUGAGGGAGACAAUAGAAGUGAUGAUGAGUUUGAUGAUAUUCCAGAAUCAACUGGAAUAUGCAGAUGCCGUGCAUUGUAUGAAUACAAGGCAGCUCAUAGUGAUGAACUUGAUAUAUUACCUGGAGAUAUUAUCACACUAACGGCUAAAAUGGAUGAUGGAUGGUGGCAAGGAGAACUUCAUAACAAAACAGGCAUAUUUCCUGCCAGCUAUGUGGAGGAGAUUGGAUGACCAGAUAUUUCAUACCAAGAGAAAAAAAUAUAGCAAAUUUCUGGUUUUUGCUGUUUAAUUAAUUGUUUUUGGGACGUGAAGCUUUCAUAGCAGGUGAAUGCCCCAUUUGCUGUUUACUUGUUCCAGGGUUUUGAUAUUGAGAUUAUCUAAUUUGGUGCAGCCACAGGGUGUAUUUCAUUGAGUCUUUGUGGCAGAUUUUCUACCAUUCACAUUAAAAAAUUUUCAGGGUUAUAACUGGAGACACCAAGUGAUAUACUUAGCCCAAUGAGAAACAAGAAAAUAAAUGAGGAAAGGCAUAGCUUUGUUUGUACUUAAAAAACAUUGCCAUGGGCAAUUUAAGCAUUUUUUUUAAUGUAGCUGUUACACUAGCUCUUAGAAAAAAAGAACCUUUUUUAGCAGUGAAUGCUUAAUGUAAAGCCUAAAUUAUGUUCCAUGAUUUAGUUUUCUAGAAGCCUCGUCAAUGGAUUUAGAAUUCAUUGUCUAAUUUUAAGAAUGGCCAACUGAACCAAAUGACAAACAAAAUAUAGAGAUUUAGGGUUCCAGCAACAGGGAAAAAUUUCUUGUCAAUGAACAAGGAUAUGUUCUGUGGAUGCAUUCUUGUGGGAAUGAUCAUAUAUUGCUGAUUGCAAUCUUUUAAUUAGUUCAAUUAUAUGCUUAAUAUAUUCUUAUUUAGUAAUGGUGUCUUUAAUUCCAGGUGAUGUUGAUGUAAGUAUAUUGGAGUUCAAAGCUAUGUUAUAAACUUUUUUAAAAAUUUUUCACAAAUUUAAAUUUUUAACCUUAUAAGAAAAAUUUUAUGUUGUCCAAUCAUGUGGUUGAUGAGAGGCUUCAUGUACAGGCAAGCAUUGAUUAAAUUCAAAUGAUGUUUGAGGUGUUAACCCUUUAAGCCCUGGUAUCAACAUGUAUAUUCUUGUCACUGUCCUCCAUAAGUUUCUUAUUUUACUGAUUAAGAGAAUUUGUUCAAACGUCAAGACACUUCAUCUUUGGUGAUCAUUUAAUUCAUUCUCAUGAUCUGUACAUUUGAUCAGACAAUGGUGUUGUUAGGAGAAAUUAGAUGCUGAUCACUAUUGGGGCUUAAAGGGUUAAUCUGAUUGCUAAUGCAUCAUAACUCAACUCAAUUACCUCUUCUUUGAACAUUGAAGAAAUAAAUGUUAAAGUUGCUCUGUUUCUAA